AUGGGAAAUCUGAGCCAUCCAUCUGAGUUCAUACUACUGGGAUUCUCAACAUUUGGCAAGCUGCAGGUUCUGCUCUAUGGACCCUUCCUGGUGCUUUAUCUUCUGGCUCUUUUAGGAAAUAUUCUCAUCAUUGCAAUGGUCCUGGCUGAUGCCCAUUUGCAUACCCCCAUGUACUUCUUCCUGGGAAAUUUUGCUCUAUUAGACAUCUUGGUAACCAUAACUGUAGUGCCCAAGAUGCUUUCAGACCUCCUUGUCUCCACUAAGACAAUUUCUUUUACCUCCUGUAUGGUCCAAUUCUAUUUCUACUUCUCCUUUGGCUCUACCACCUCCCUCAUCCUGGCAGACAUGGCUCUGGAUCGCUUUGUGGCUAUCUGCCACCCUCUACGCUACAGCACUCUUAUGAGUUGGACAGUAUGUUUCUCUCUAGCAGGAACAGCCUGGGCAGCACCCUUUCUGGCCAUGGUGCCCACUGUUCUUUCACUGAUACAGAUUUCCUUUUGCCAUAACAACAUCAUUAACCAUUUCUUCUGUGACAAUGCUCCCCUGCUACAGCUAGCCUGCUCAGAUACAUCCCUCCUAGAAUUCUGGGACUUCAUAUUGUCAUUGGCUUUUGUCCUCAGCUCUUUCCUGAUCACCCUUAUCUCUUAUGCCUAUAUUGUGACCACUGUGUUACGUAUUCCUUCUGCAAGUGGCCGCCAAAAGGCCUUCUCUACCUGUAGUUCUCACCUCACUCUGGUCUUCAUUGGCUUUGGCAGCACAAUCUUUGUCUACGUUCAACCUGGCAAGGCUCACUCUGUGGAAACAAACAAGUUUGUCGUCUUAGUCACAAAUAUUCUGACCCCUGUCCUCAAUCCCUUAAUCUUCACUUUCCGCAAUGAGACCGUCAAGGCAGUUAUCUGGAGACAGAUGCAGAAGCUGAAAAAUCUGAAGAAUUCAAAAUGA